GUGAUGGGUUCGAUCCUGAGCUUCGCCGCUUGCCUCAUCAUCUCCACCAACCUGCUGGUGGCGGUCGCUCUGCUGAAGCUGCUCCUGAAGAAGAGCAGCCAGAGCUGGUGCUUCGUUCUCAACUUGGCACUGGCCGACGCUCUGGUGGGUGUGGCCAUCACCGGCCUGGCCACAGAGGACUUCAACGGCAACAGCGACAAAAUCCCUCAGAGCCGACACAGCCACGUCACUGCUGCCCCGCCCACCAACGCCACGCCUCCUGCUCAGGGGAAGACCCGCUGUUUGAUGCGAAUGGCCUUUGUGACGUCACCCUGCACGGCAUCCAUCAUGUCCAUGUUCCUGAUCUCACUCGACCGGUACGCUGCCAUCAAGAGGCCGCUGCAGUACUCCCUGCUGUCGGGGAGGGGGACGGCCGUCGGGUCCUUGCUGACUCUGUGGAUCAGCUCCAUCACUGUGGGAUUCUCGCCAGUCAUGGUGCGGCAGCUACAGGCCGAGGGCUACAAUGGCUUCUGUGCCUUCUUCUCCGUCAUUCACGAGGUCGGCGUUAUCAUCUUGUUCAGCGUGUGCUUCUUCCCCGUGCUCUCCAUGUUCAUCUACAUCUACCUGGACAUCCUGAAGAUCGCCUGCAGCCACCAGAAGCAGAUCAGCCAGGUCAGACAAGCUGGCUCCAGGACGACCGACCACGGCCAGAGACAUCAGCAUCAUCCGCAGCUGAGAAGUGGCUACUGGAGUCACGUCAAGGCCCUGAGGACGGUGGCGGUGCUUGUGGGCUGCCUCUUGGUGCUCUGGUGCCCCUUCUUCGUGGUGUGCAUCGUGCAUGUUCUGUGUCAGAGCUGUGAGCUCACCGACGUGUUGGAGAAUCACCUGUGGCUGUUGGGUCUGACCAACUCGCUGAUCAACCCCCUGGUGUACGCCUUCUGGCAGAGGGAGGUGCGGCUGCAGUUGGUGGCCAUGUUUUCCUGCUUGACGGGCAGGUCGCUGGCUGCCGGACCUCCAGGUAUCGCAGGAAGAUACGACUCUGAGGCAGCUCUGCCGACUCAGGCCCGCAACAAUGACAAUGCCACGUCCAGCUUAUAA